AUGUCCAAAGACUCCUCCCACACCUACCUGCACUUCGCCAGCGGCCGCAUCGCCGACCUCUUCGAAGACUUCUGCCGCGACAAGCUCCCCCACGACGAUGUAUACGUGCCGCCGCACCACCAGCCCAUCAAUCCCGAGGACGAAGACGACGUGAUCCCGGACCAGCACGCCGCCUUCGGCAUCGCGCAGGCGCAGCAGAAGAAGCAUGAGCCGGCGUGGAAAGACCUCGGCCUGGCAGAGCUGAUGGGCAAGGGCCCGAAGGAGGGGGAGAAGGCGCCGAGGAGGCUGCCGAGGUAG